CUCGGCUGUUCGAGAUGGCUUUUUUUAGAAAAUGGAAAACGGAUUACAAACAUAAACAAUUAAAAUCUACUGAUCAAAUGAUUGAUGGCGAUAGCUGGAGUCUUAAUUCAAUUAAUGACAGUAAAACCAAUCGCAAGGCAAAUAAAUCAUUAAAUCUUGACCUAUGCUCCACGAUCACAGACUUGGAAGAGAUUGACACUUCUUUGUUUGCAACGCAUCAAUUGAAAUACAUGGGCUAUACCCACAUAGAGGCAACACGAUCUGAAAAACUAGUUGCAAAUGCCAUUAAGACACUCAAAUCAAAUCGUACAAAGGGCCAAGCCCAGAGAAAUGUAACGAUUAAUGUUUUGCCAACUGAAGUGGAAAUUAUCGAUAUAGUUACACAGGAAAUUAUCUUAAAUCUCUCCAUCUAUGAUGUAUCCUAUUGCACGGCUCAGCAUGAGUUCUUUGCCUUGGUGGGCUCAGAGAAGUGUCCAAGCCUGGAUCAGGAGAAGCUUUUGUGUUAUGUCUUUCAGUGUCCCAAGCGAAAGGUGGCUAAACAAAUCACAUUGGCAGUAGCUCGAAGUUUUGGCUAUGCCUAUCAGCAUUGGCGUCAGAAAGUUAUUGAGAAUAAUCGUAGUGAAACCAUCGAUCGAUUAAAAUUGAGCCUCGAAGAUAAUAACUUUGUGAUUCAAAAUGACAUCCAGAAUGGUGAAUUUGGAAAUCAAUCUAAAAAUUGGGUCACAUUUGAUGAGAGCAAAGAGCUUUUGUAGACUUAAAGAAUAUAUUUAAAAAGAUUUAAAGUAACUCAAUUUAUUUGUAAAUAAAAUUAGCGUUAAAAUGCAUUUACAUAUGUCAUACGAAUUGUCAAUUCGUUUCAACCAGUAAAAAUUUAACAACACUAACUAAAAAAUUAUUGAAAAGAAAUCGAACUGGCAAAAAGUGAGUUUCUUUAAAACAUCAAUACUUAAAAAAAAAAAAUAGUUCAUGCGAUGUAAACAAUAA